AUGGCUGGUAAAAAGAACAAAGGAAAUAGAGGCGAAAAUUCAGGAAAUUCUUCCAAAAAGCAAGAUGUUGACGUUGAAGAUCGUUUACAAGCUGUGGUAUUAACAGAUUCCUUCGAAACUCGAUUCAUGCCUUUGACUGCUGUCAAACCAAGAUGUUUGUUACCAUUAGCAAAUGUUCCGUUAAUUGAAUAUACCCUGGAAUUUUUAGCUAAAGCAGGUGUCAGUGAGGUUUAUUUAAUUUGUUCUUCUCAUGCUAAUUUAGUAGCAGAAUAUAUCGAAAAUUCAAAAUGGAAUUUACCAUGGGCACCAUUUAAAGUUGUUACUAUUAUGUCUCCAGAAGCUAGGUCUGUUGGUGAUGUGAUGAGAGAUUUGGAUAAUAGAGGUAUGAUUACUGGUGAUUUUAUUUUGAUCAGCGGUGAUGUAGUGACUAAUGUUGAUUUUAAUAAGAUGCUAGAUUUUCAUCGAAAAAUGCAUGCUCAAGAUAAAGAUCACAUUGCAACUAUGUGUUUAAGUAAAGCCAAUCAAUAUUAUAAGACAAGAACUAAUGAACCUGCUGCAUUUAUUUUAGAGAAGAAGAAUAAUAGAUGUAUAUAUUAUCAAGAUUUACAUCCUAUUAAUUCUAAAGAAAAACCACCUGUAGAAAUUGACCCUGAAUUGUUGGAUAGCGUUGACGAGUUCGUCAUUAGAAACGAUUUGAUUGAUUGUAGAAUUGAUAUUUGUACACCACAUGUACCUCCAAUAUUCCAAGAAAAUUUUGAUUAUCAAUCACUAAGAACUGAUUUUGUCAAAGGUGUUAUUUCCAGUGAUAUUCUGGGUAAGCAUAUUUAUGCUUAUAUUACAGAUGAAUAUGCAGUUCGUGUAGAGAGUUGGCAAACUUAUGACACUAUUUCUCAAGAUUACUUGGGUAGAUGGUGUUAUCCAAUGGUUUUGGAGUCCAACAUGAGUGAUAAUCAAACCUAUUCGUAUGAAUCAGGUCAUAUAUAUAAAGAAAGUAAUGUUGUCUUGGCCCAAUCAUGUAAGAUAGGUAAAUGUACUGCAAUCGGUUCUAACAGUAGAAUUGGAGAAGGUACUAUAAUUGAAAAUUCCAUUAUUGGUAGGAAUUGUCAGAUCGGUGAAAAUAUUAUCAUCAAGGACAGUUAUAUUUGGGAUAAUGCAGUAUUAGGUAAAGGUAAUGUUAUAAGUCAUUCUAUUGUAGCUUCUAAUGCCAAGCUAGGUGAUAAUGUAACACUAGAAGAUGGUUGUAUUAUUGGAUUUGAUGUUGUCAUUGAAGGUAAUGUUGUAAUUCCAAAAGGUACGAAAAUGUCUGCUAAAGAUAUUAGAACUACUGAGGAUAAUGCUUUUGGUUUGCAAGUUAGUGAAAACAUAGAUAAUAGUGAAAGUGAAGAUGAAACAGGGUCGUCGACCACUGAACAUAAGUUUUCUUUAUCUACCAACCUUGUUGGAACCAAUGGUGUUGGGUAUGUUUAUAACAGUGACUCUUCUGAUGAGGAGGUCGACACUAUGAACGGUUCAUAUAAGAUAUCUACUUCAUUGGUACAUCAUAUUGAAGAUCUUUAUUUAAGUGAUGCGUCAAUAUCGUCUACUAAGAAAAGAGUUAAGAAGAAGAGAACUAUGUCCACUAGUAGUAUGUAUACAGACAAAGAAGAUUUUGGUUCAUCAGAAGAUGAGGAAGAAGAUUUUGCAGUGGAAGGUCUUGCUACUGUUCAAAGAGCAUUAGAAAAUAACCACGACUUAGAUACAGCUAUGUUAGAAUUAAACACUUUGAGAAUGAGUAUGAAUGUAUCAUACCAUGAAGUCAGACUGGUAACUGUCACUGCCUUAGUGAACAGAGUAUAUCAUUUUAUAGCAACACAAACACUUGGAGCGAAGGAUGCUACUACCAAAGUAUUUACUCUAUGGGGACCACUCUUCAAAAGACAAGCUUUUGAUGAGGAAGAAUAUGUUGAUUUGAUGAAUAUUAUUAUGGACACAAUUGUUGGUCAAAACUUUGAAAGACACGAUUUAAUAUUAUUCAGUGCAUUAAAUACAUUAUAUGACAAUGAUAUUUUGGAAGAGGAUGUUAUAUAUAAAUGGUGGGAUACGAUUUCCGAUGAUCCAAAAUAUGAUGAAGUUAAGAAAUUAACAUCAAAAUGGGUUGAAUGGUUAAGAACUGCCGAUGAAGAGUCAUCCUCAGAAGAAGAAGAAGAAGAUUGA